UGAUGGCCGCCUUCGGGCUCCUCAGCUACGAGCAUCGCCCGCUCAAGCGCCCGCGCCUCGGGCCGCCCGACGUUUACCCGCAGGACCCGCGCCAGAAGGAGGAUGAGCUCACGGCAGUGAACGUAAAGCAAGGCUUCAGCAACCAGCCCACCUUCCCUGGAGAUGAGCAUGGGUCUGCCAGGAAUAUUGUCAUCAACGCCUCAAAGAUCGGCGCUUACUUCAGCAGCAUCCUCGCAGAAAAGCUCAAACUGAACACUUUGCAGGACACGGGGAAGAAGAAAGCCCAAGUAAAUGCCAAAGACAACUACUGGCUGGUGACUGCUCGAUCCCAGAGUGCCAUUCACAGCUGGUUCACAGAUUUGGCAGGAAGCAAGCCCCUGACUCUCUUAGGAAAAAAGGUUCCUAUUCUCAGUAGAAAAGAAGAUGUUUUUGCUUACUUAGCAAAAUACUCUGUGCCACUGCUGCGAGCAGCAUGGCUGAUCAAAAUGACAUGUGCCUACUAUGCUGCUAUUUCUGAAGCUAAAAUCAAGAAACGCCAGGCCACUGACCCAAAUAUUGAAUGGACUCAAAUUGUAACCAAAUACCUCCGAGAGCAGCUGGCAAAGGUUGCUGAGUUCUAUCAUGGGACUUUGAGCCAAGGCAACGGCUCUGUUGUGAUGCCUCCAGAGAUGGAACAAGCCCUGAAGCACUGGGAAUACAAUGAAAAAUUGUCAUUUUAUAUGUUUCAGGAAGGAAUGCUCGAGAGACACGAGUAUUUGACGUGGAUACUGGAUGUUUUAGAAAAAAUCAGGCCCACGGAUGAUGAUCUUCUGAAGCUGUUGUUGCCGCUGAUGUUGCAGUAUUCAGAAGAGUUUGUUCAGUCAGCUUACCUGUCCCGUCGCCUGGCUUAUUUCUGUGCCAGACGCCUGUCCUUGUUGCUCAGUGAUGGGCCCAGCCCUGUAGCUGCCCACUCCCCUCAUCUGAUCCUUGGACCAAGUACCCCUGCCCUGGCCGUGCCCAGCCCGAGCACCCCUGGCCCUGGGGUGGGGCUGGCACAGCUGCCCUGCUCCGACCUCCUGGCCUGCCCCCAGCACCGUGCCCUGGUGUACGGGCUCAGCUGCGUGCUGCAGACUGUAACUCUUUGUUGCCCAAGUGCCUUGGUGUGGAAUUAUUCCACAAAUGAAAAUAAGAACGUUAAUCCAGGCUCACCUCUGGAUUUACUUCAAGUUGCUCCAUCCAGUUUACCUAUGCCAGGUGGAAAUUCGGCAUUUAAUCAGCAGGUUCGGGCAAAGGUUUAUGAAGUGGAACAGCAGAUAAAGCAGAGAGGCCGUGCUGUGGAGGUGAGGUGGUCGUUUGACAAGUGCCAAGAGUCAACUGCAGGGGUGAUCAUCAGCCGGGUCCUGCACACCUUGGAAGUGUUGGAUCGGCAUUGUUUUGACAGGUCAGAUUCCAGCAAUUCCAUGGAGACACUUUAUCAUAAGAUCUUCUGGGCAAAUCAGAGUAAGGAUAACCAAGAGGUUGCCCCAAACGACGAGGCCGUGGUGAUGCUGCUCUGUGAGUGGGCUGUGAGCUGUAAGAGGUCCGGGAAGCACAGGGCCAUGGCUGUGGCCAAGCUUCUGGAGAAGAGGCAAGCAGAGAUUGAGGCAGAAAGAUGUGGUGAAUCUGAAGUCCUAGAUGAAAAGGAAUCUCUGUCUUCAGCCUCCUUGACAGGUUCCAGUCUUCCUGUUUUCCAGAAUGUCCUGCUAAGGUUUUUGGAUACACAAGCUCCCUCGUUAUCUGACCCAAGCAGUGACCAUGAGAAGACAGAGUUUGUGAAUUUGGUGCUGCUUUUCUCGGAAUUCACUCGGCACGAUGUUUUCUCCCACGAUGCCUACAUGUGCACUUUAAUAUCUCGUGGGGACUUGUCCAUCACUGCAGCUCCCAGACCACACUCCCUUAAUGGGGAAGCUGUAGAUGAACAUUAUUCAAAGGAUCAUGAUGUGAAACUGGAGAUCUCUUCUCCGAUGCCUGGGGAGUCUCGUCAGAGUGUGACCCCUUCCUUCGAGAGAAGGAUCUCAGUCCCGAGCGAGAAGUCAGCCAAGAGGGAGAGGCUGAGAGAGCUGAUUGUGCCAUCCACCUAUGACCUCCUUCGGCACCUGCAGUACGCCACACACUUCCCCAUCCCCCUGGAUGAGUCCUCCAGCCACGAGUGUAACCAGCGCAUGAUUCUCCUCUAUGGCGUGGGUAAGGAGCGGGAUGAAGCGAGGCACCAGCUGAAGAAGAUCACCAAAGACAUCCUCAAAAUCCUGAACAAGAAGAGCACUACAGAAAUGGGUGUGGGGGACGAAGGGCAGAAGGCCCGGAAGACCAAACCAGAGGCGUUUCCAACCCUGGAGACUGUGUUCACAAAACUACAGCAGCUGUCCUAUUUCGAUCAACAUCAGGUGACAUCCCAGAUCUCCAGCAAUGUCCUCGAGCAGAUCACCAGCUUUGCCUCGGGAACGUCGUACCACCUGCCCUUGGCUCACCACAUCCAGCUCAUCUUCGACCUCAUGGAGCCAGCACUGAACAUCAACGGACUGAUAGACUUCGCGGUGCAGCUGCUGAACGAGCUGAGCGUGGUGGAGGCCGAGCUGCUGCUGAAGUCGUCCAGCCUGGCCGGGAGCUACACGACGGGGCUGUGUGUGUGCAUCGUGGCCGUGCUGCGGCGGCACCACGCCUGCCUCCUCCUCAGCUCCGAGCAGACCGCCCAGGUCUUCGAAGGGUUGUGUGGGGUAGUAAAGCACGUCGUGAAUCCCUCUGAGUGUUCCUCCCCAGAACGGUGCAUUUUAGCUUACCUGUACGACCUGUACGUGUCCUGCAGCCACCUGAGAAGCAAGUUUGGAGACCUGUUCAGUAGUGCCUGUUCCAAGGUGAAGCAGACGAUCUACAGCAACAUCCAGCCCUCAAACUCCAACUUGCUGUGGGACCCAGAGUUCAUGCUGGAUUUCCUUGAGAAUCCCUCUGCUCUCAGCAUUAACUACUCGAUGCUGGGCAAGAUCCUGAGCGACAACGCGGGGAACCGCUACAGCUUCGUGUGCAACGCGCUGCUGAGCGUCUGCAUGGGCCACCAGGACCCGGGCAGGAUCAAUGACAUAGGGAACCUGUGUGCAGAGCUGACGUCGUGCUGCACCCUGCUCAGCUCGGAGUGGCUGGGGGUGCUGAAGGCUCUGUGCUGCUCCUCAAACCACGUCUGGGGCUUCAACGAUCUGCUCUGCAGCGUGGAUGUGAGUGACCUGUCGUUCCACGACUCCCUGGCCACGUUCGUGUCCAUCCUGAUCGCCCGGCAGUGCCUUUCCCUGGAGGAUGUUGUCCAGCACGUUGCACUGCCUUCCCUCCUGGCAGCUGCCUGUGGGGAUCUGGAUGCUGAGCCUGGGGCCAGGAUGACCUGCCGGCUGCUCCUGCACCUCUUCAGGACACCCCAGGUGUGCCUCUUUGCCCAGGAGACAGGGAAAUUAUUUCCUGGAAUUCGUUCUUCCUGUGACCGUCACCUCUUGGCUGCUGCUCACAACAGCAUCGAAGUGGGAGCUGUGUUUGCAGUUUUGAAAGCAAUUCUGAUGCUUGGUGAUGCAGAAAUUGGCAGCAACAAUGUCAGCUCCUUGAAGAGUGAAGAGUUUCAUGUGAGAGGCUUCUUAGAUGAGCUCAAUGAGGAGGAAAUCUGGGGUUCCUCUCAUGCUUUGAAAUCCUGCAGAAAAACUGUUUCCAUGGAAACCGCCAGUCUGAGCGAGUACGCGAGAUACGUGCUCAGAACCAUCUGCCAGCAGGAGUGGGUCGGAGAGCACUGUUUGAAAGAACCUGAGAGGCUGUGCACUGACAAAGAUCUUAUUUUGGAUCCCGUUCUCUCAAACAGACAAGCACAGAAACUCCUUCAGCUUAUCUGUUAUCCUCAUGGCAUUAAGGAGUGCCCCGAGGGUGACAACCCUCAGCGGCAGCACAUCAAGCGCAUCCUUCAGAACUUAGACCAGUGGACUCUGCGGCAGUCGUGGCUGGAGCUGCAGCUGAUGAUCAAACAGUGCACGAAGGAGCCCGGUUCUGGGGCUGUGGCUGAAAUGAACAGCUUGUUGGAUAAUAUCGCAAAGGCGACAAUAGAGGUGUUUCAGCAAUCCGCUGAGCUAAACAAUAACUCUUCUAACUCUGGUAUAGGCCUCUUCAGUCCAAACUCUGUUGGAAAUGCUGACACGAGUAAUACAAGACAGAAUGGUAAAAAGACAUUCCUAAGUUCCUCUGAGAGGCGAGGAGUGUGGCUGGUGGCCCCCCUGAUUGCCAAACUGCCCACCUCGGUUCAAGGGAGGGUCUUGAAAGCUGCGGGAGAGGAGCUGGAGAAAGGGCAGCAUUUGGGGUCAUCUUCUAAGAAGGAAAGAGAUAGACAGAAACAAAAAAGCAUGUCCCUGCUGAGCCAGCAGCCUUUCCUGUCACUGGUACUCACUUGCCUUAAGGGACAGGAUGAGCAACGGGAAGGGCUUCUCACAUCCCUGCAGAAUCAAGUUACUCAGAUCCUCAGUAACUGGAGGGAGGAACGGUACCAGGACGAUGUCAAAGCCAGGCAGAUGAUGCACGAAGCCCUGCAGCUGCGCCUCAACCUGGUGGGUGACAUGUUUGACACAGUGCAGAGGAGCACCCAGUGGACCACAGACUGGGCCCUUCUGCUCCUCCAGAUCAUCACCUCAGGGACUGUGGAUCUGCAGACCAACAAGGAAUUGUUCACGACUGUGUUGGACAUGCUGGGGGUCCUCAUCAAUGGGACACUCGCCUCGGACCUGUCCAGUGCCUCCCAAGGAGGGCCUGAGGAGAACAAAAGGGCUUACAUGAAUUUAGUGAAAAAAUUAAAAAAGGAGCUGGGGGACAAGAGGUCCGAGAGCAUCGACAGGGUCCGGCAGCUGCUGCCGCUGCCCCGGCUGACGUGUGACAUCGUGGCCUGUGAGCCCACGGGGUCCCUCAUCGACACCAAGGGCAACAAGGUCGCGGGCUUUGACUCCAUUGACAAGAAACAGGGUCUUCAGGUGUCAUCCAAACAAAAGGUGUCCCCUUGGGAUUUAUUUGAAGGUCACAAAAACCCUGCCCCUCUCUCCUGGGCAUGGUUUGGGACUGUUCAUGUGGACAGGAAGGUGAUCAAAUACGAGGAGCAGCAGCACCUGCUGCUGUACCACACACACCCCAAACCCAAACCACGCAGCUACUACCUCGAGCCCUUGCCCCUUCCUCCAGAGGAGGAGGAGGAAGAGCCCACCACACCUGUGUCUCAGGAACCAGAAAGAAAGCUGGGAGAGCUCUUGGACCAGGGAAAACACGCCACGGAUGACGAGAAGAAGGCAAAGGGCAGGAAGCGGAAGUCAAAGUCGAGCUCCAGGGCUGAGGACUACCCCCGGCCCAGCCUGUACAGAGUGCCUCCCUCCUGCUCCCCGCCGCCGAUGGCUCACGCAGCCCCCCCGGCCCUGUGGGGGUACAGCCUGGGGGGGCCCCCCCUGCAGCCCGGCUUCUUCCUGCAGGGCCAGCCCCUGGCUCCAGGUGGUUCCGGGGUGGACUCAACAGGCUCCUUUGUGCCAGUGAACACGAAGCAAGCUCUGUCCAACAUGCUGCAGCGGCGCUCGGGCUCCGGGAUGCAGCCGCCCUCGGUCCCUGGGAUCCCACCCCAGCAGCAGCUGCUCCAGAGGAAGCUCCUGCAGGAAGAGCAGCAGCAGCUCCUGCGGCAGCAGGUGCAGGCACGGGCUCUCCAGCAGGGCCAGCCGAUGGACCAAGCUGCAGUUUUCGCUCCGCAGGCUCGACCCCCGUCCCAGCUCCCUCAGUACUCGGGGCUGCAACAGGCACAGAGCCUUCCCCACGGAUACACCCUGUUCGGCAGCGCGGUGCCGGCGCAGCAGCAGCAGCAGCCCGUCGUGGGGCUGUCCCCCGUCGUGGGGCUGUCCCCCGUUGUGGGGCUGUCCCCCGUCGUGGGGCUGUCCCCCGUUGUGGGGCUGUCCCCCGGCUGCCCCGCGCUGAUGGAGCUGCGGCAGGACCGGCACCCCGCGUACCUCCCGCAGCAGCCGCACACCUACGGCCCCGCCGGAGCCCCGCGACUGAGCCAUCAGCCUUUGCAAACGGGUUCCCUGGUUGGAGGGGGACUGGACGGCGCCUUGGCCGUGGGGCCACACCCUGGGCUGAGCACAGGGCAGCCGCUGGAGCCGGGCAGGCAGAGGCAGCAGGGGCUCUUCCAGGUGCAGCAGCAGGAGCAGCUGGCUCUUGGACUCCAGCCCCUGCAGGCACAGCAGCCGCUGUUCCCCAGGCCGGGCCUGCAGCAGACCCCGCAGCAGCAGCAGACGGCGGCGCUGGUCCGGCAGCUCCAGAAGCAGCUCUCCAGUAAGUGUGUGCACAGACUGUGGAAAUGUGUGUUUGAACACGAAAUUACCUUUCUGGAGAUCUCCUGCCUAUUCACCUGCUACCAGAUGUACACGGAGGUCGUUCACCCACUGGCAGUGGUCACUGCAGACUGA